GCUGCUACACACAAGGAAGGAGCUGAGUGUGUCAGGAGCACAGCUACUGCACACACAUAUACACAGAUUUACACAGACUGGGGCUGCCAGCUGCCUCCUGUUCCCAUCAAGGACUGAAAGAGGAAACUUCCAGGCUCACCAACCAUGACCGAGAACUCCACCCCGGCUCCCCCCAAGGCCAAGCGUGCCAAGGCGGCCAAGAAGAGCAUAGACCACCCCAAGUACACGGACAUGAUCAUCACUGCCAUCCAAGCACUGAACAGCCGCUCUGGUGUCUCCCGCCAAGCCAUUGAGAAGUAUAUCUGCAAUGAGUUCAAGGUGGGUGAGAACGCCAAAAUACAGAUCAAGCUGGCACUCAAGAAACUGGUGAAUAGCAGUGUUGUCAAGCAGACCACGGGCUUAGGUGCCUCAGGCUCCUUCCGGUUAGUUAAAAGUGAGGAACCGAAGAAGGCAGUAAAGAAAAUGGCCAAGGCACCAAAGAAGAGCCUCACUGGCCGCAAGGGAUCAACGGCCCGCAAGCCAGCCAAGCCAGCAGCCAAGGCGAAGAAAGCAAAAGUGGAUAAAAAGAAAGCCAAGACACCUAAGAAGAAGGCUACCACAUCCAAAAAGCCCAAGAAGGCAAAACCAGCAAAAGCCAAAGCCAAGACCAAGGUGAAGAAAGCAAGUGGGCUAAAAGCGAAAGGGAGAAAAGCCAAGAAAUGAUUCUUAUCACUAAAUGUAAACAUGGACUGCUUUUGGUUUUCAGUUUAAUUCUUCAGAAACUUUGUGUACAUACAGUUUAAGAAAAGAUUUUUUUGAAAUUUAAUAAGGAGACUUUUUUAUUUUGUUAGCAGCUCUUUCUGUCUUAUGUUUAAAAAAAGAUGGACUCAGUUAUCAUCUGUUCAAUACAGUAACGUUGGGACUGUGGACAAGAAGUGUAAUGUUGUACAUUGCCGUGGUUAACCUUUGCUCUCGACCUAUUCCAUCUUGUGUUACUGCCCUGGUGAAGAGUGAGUGUGGGCAGGACGUGCGUGAGUGUGGGUAGGACGUGCAUGAGUGUGGGUGUGUAUUUACAGUGCUUCCACUCCCAAAGGAAGGGUGUAAAUUCACAGACAACUGCUAAGCAAAGCCAGACUCAACUAAUGGACAGCACAUCUCAUGUGCUGAUUAUUGCCGUCCAUUGCAUAGUUGAGCAUUUAUUUUCCAAAUAAUUUACUCAAGUGAAUUUGUUUUCGACUUUUAAAGCAGGCUGGAACUAUGCUGCUAGUUUCUGAAUAACGUGAAUGAUAUUACAGAAAAAAGUGCAGAGUCAAUAUUUUGAAAGCUUUCCUUCCCAAAAACAAAAUUCCCUAUCUAAUGUUAAGAAAUCAUUGUGUCAUUGACACAGACCCAGCAUUGGUUCAUGAAGCUGUGUAGUUACCCAGUCUUUGAGUAGGUAAAAGGGAUCUUCCAAGAUGCAGUUACCAGGGCACAACUACCCACUCACCACAUUUAUAUUUGAAGAGACGGCUUAAGAGGAACAUUCAGCAAAAUGCAACAGCAGCCCAUUUAAUGACUGCUUGCAAUGGCAAAACAAUUUCAGACUGUCCCGAUGUCCCAGCGCAGUAACUGUUUCCAAAUACUUGUCUGUGUUUAAAUAAUUUUGAGCUUUGCUGGCCUGAAAUGAUAUCUGGGGUGUUUUAUAGAGACUUUUUGAGGUAGAGUAGUAUUUGUGUUUAUUUUGAGCUAGAAAUUGCAAAACUUAUGCAAUUAUGAAAGUGAAGGAUAAAAAGAAACUAGAGAAAAUUAGAACUAAACAGUACUCAGUUUAACUUGGCCAAAGAAAAAUGGGAAUUUCUGACUGAAAGGCACUCACUUAUAAUGUGGCUCCAACAAUGAGAUUUGUAUGUGUUCUUUUCACAAAAUCACUGUAAUUUAAUCAUUAGGAUAUUCUCUCCAUACAAGCAAUUCAUAUUUAUCAUUAGUGAUGUCUUGUUUGUUACAUGGUUUACUUAUUAGGACAUUCCUUCUCGAACUAUUGUAUGCUGUUUCUUGUUAAACUCUGUUUUAAGUUUUUAAAUACACAAUUGUUUUAAUUGACAAAUAAUUCUAACUUCAUUUCUAAUUGUUCGAUGGCAUGGUGUUUAUUUUCUAGCUGAAUCUAUCUGAAGGCUGAUUAAUUCAUAAACUAUCAUCCUGUCAGUGUAAGUGGUUGGCCACACGGACAAUAUUGUAUUGUGUUGUUUACAGGGUGCCCUGCACCUUUGUGUGUUUAUAAUAAAUAAAGCUACAUCUUGAUUUGGAA